AUGAGCACUGAAAUUAUCCAUCCCCAGAAGGCCCAGGCGAAGGAAGCCCGAGCAGCCCGGCAAGCUGCCAACCGGGCCCGUAAGCAGCUCUACGGGGUGGGGGUUGAGGCCCGGAAACAGGAGCGCCUCCGGAAGAAGAGGGUAAAAGCUCAUAUUCGAGCUGGCAACCCAAUUCCGGACCCAGAAGCUGGCUCUAAGCCCGAGCCUGGGUUCGAACCCGAGCCUGGAUUCGAGCCUGGAUUUGAGCCAGGCUUUGAGCCUGAGCUCGAACCUGGGUUUGAGUUCUCUAGAACCCGGGAGCCAGCUUGCGCGGGAGCUCCAAUAUGCGCUCGAUGGGAUAUUCUACCCUCUCGAUUAGAGGAUUGGGCUUGUCUUGCAUGUGAAAUACGUUAUCGCAUCGAUUUCCUCGAUUUCCUCGAUUUCGGAGGACUAGGGAAUGCGAUAGUCACCACGAGAUGGUUCGAUCUUGGUUCCGGGAUGGAGCCAAGCGAUGCGAAACAAUCUUUGUACCUUGCCUGGCAGAAGCUAGAUCCCAUGUACUGCUCGAUGACAGAUUGGAGUCGCAUCAAGUUCGAAGCUCUAGAUGGUCCGUCCAACGAUGAGGUUACAGCAAAGAAUGCAACCAGCCGUGUUAAGUAG